AACAUUUCCGAAUAUGAUUAAAAAUGGCUGCCUAACCUGUCAAAAUUGGAAGUUGGUUUGAAUAAAUUUCGAGAAAGCUGUAUUUUUUCCUGAUUCAUAUAAACACAAACAGGCAUAUGGACGCAGGUUGGACUCCAGGGGGCCACCGCAGUAAACAAAGAUCUGCAGCUAAAGACCCUUUAGAUGAUUUACUUGGAGAUCUCCUUGAUGAUGAUAAAGGAAGUCCACCAAAAAAGAAUACAAACAGCAAUGCUGGGAGACAACAGUUUUCUGCCAAGAAACAAAGCUCUAAGGAUGAGGAUUUCUACAGUAGCUUGGCCCAAGCAGCAGAGGAUGCUGAGUUGUCAGAUGUGUCCGAGGCUGAUGUCAACAAAAUGGCUAAAAGUAUUGCAGAUCUAGAUGACUUGGAUGCUGAUUUGUUUCCAGUCACUGGUGGCAGUACUAAAACUCCAAAACGUGGCAGUCUGAAGGACAAAACUGGCAAGGGAGGAACACCACGGAGAACUGGUACCCCAAGGUCGAGAGGUGGCACUCCCAGAGCAUCUUCACCUCCUCUCAGGAUGUCUUCCCCUGGUAAUAGAGUGAUCUCCCCUACACACCAGAGAGUAACUUCACCUCCAGCACGAGGGACUCCCACUGGCAGAGACACACCAGGGAGCCAGCACUCUGGAAUUGAUUCUAACAGACCAGGAAGUGGCUCUAAAAAAUCAUCAGUCAAAAGGUCACAGUCUCCAACAAGUGAACCAACCGCUGACUAUAGACCUACAACUGCUCCAGGAAAAAUGACAGAUUUAAAUGAAAGGGCUAGUGUUGGACUGAAGCCGGGACAGGAGCAAGAAAGACCUAGAACAGUUCCUAAAACCAGGUCUUUUGACUUUGGAGAUUUUGAUGCGGAUGAUCCCCUUGCUGGUAUCCCUCUUUCUGAUGAUGAAGAAGACUUUGGGAUACCAACAAAGAAAGCAGCACCUAAACAGCAAGUUACCAGGCAGAAAUCAAAUGAAAAUCUGUCACCUAGAUCAUCAGCUGCAGUUACUUUAGAAUCGAAACAAGAAUCGCCCAGACAGAAGAGCUUGUUUGACCGACCUCCUACUCGUAGUGGAAGUACAAAGACCGAGUCGCCAGAAAAAGAACAGGAACCUGUCCCAGUACAGAAACAGAACACAUCUAAACCUGGUGUUACAAAGAAGAAAACUGAGGAGGCAUUAUUCAGUGAUGAUGAUGAUUUCCUUGGAGGCCUUGGAAUAGAAGAAAAGGGUGCUGCCCCUAAACCUAAGGCCAAAUUACCUGAUGAUGAUGAAGACAAUAGGCCAGCCAAGUCAGCGAUGGAUAAACUUCUUGGGAAAAGUUCUGUAGCGAAACAUCUGGAAACAGCAAAGGAAAGAAAGGAGUUUGUUCUUGAUGCAAAAUACACACAACCACAAGGAGGUGGGCAGGAGGCAGAGGAUGAUUACCUGUUUGGAAGUUACAUGCCAUCAGCAGUGGGCUCCAACAGUUCUAGACCAACAUCACGCAGAUCUGUUAGAUUUCAGGAUGAUGAUGAUAUAUUUGGAUUGAAUGAUGCCCCAUCCACUAAAUCAACUCCAGCAAAGAAGCCUGUGGAGGAUAACAGUAUGGACUGGCUGGAGAUGGCCACAGGGGGGAAAACUGUGGAUAAAACUCCGGCAAAGCCAGCAGAGAUGCCAGCACAGAAACCUGUGGAGUCUAAACCAGUCACACCACCUAGCAAAUCUAGCAAGGCAGCUGAUUGGCUGGGACUGAAAAGUGAUGAUGAGGAAGAAUUUGAUUUUCUGAAAGCUUCGUCAUUCUCAGCUCCUGCAAGGCAAGGCCAGCCGCUGCUUGAGUCUCAUUCCAAGCCAUCUCAACAACCUGCAAGUAAAGUUAAAGCAGAAACUGGUCCCGCAAAAACUCCAGCCAAACAGCCAGAGCCCAAAACCUCUCAGUCAAGUGCAAAAGAUGACUACCUGGGUCUUGGUGAAGAGGUAGAUCCCAGUAAACUGCUCAGAAGUAAGUCAGAGUCGCCUAAGUUUGGUGCAUGUGCAGAUCCAGAUGAUUUAUUGAAGGAAGAUGACAUUUUCAUGUCACCACGCCCAACUUACGCAACAAAACCUCCAGCAGAUAAACCAGACGAGAAUGACACAGAGGAUGAUUCUGAGGAUAGUGCCAAGAAGCCAUUGUUUGAGUCUGCAGUGAGAAGAAAUCAGAUGAACAUGUCACCACGAUUCAAAAAAGAAGGUCAAAGAAGAAGCCCAAGAAGUCCAGAAAGAAAACUUAUAGAGACCAGUCCAAGGACAAAGUCACUGUUGGAGCAACUCAAGGCUUUACCUUCUGCAGAACAACAGCAACAACAACCAGUGUCUGGCAUGCAGCAGUCAGCAAUACAAACAUCUCCUGUACCACACUCAGGUCAGCAAGUACCUCAGACUGAGCCAGUUGAAGAUGAGUUAAAUUCCUCUACAGACUUCUUCAGUUUUAAGAGGAAAGACAAUAACAGAGAGGAGUCUGCUAAUCUACAGACUGCUCUUCCUCAGACUGGCACAGUUCAGACUAGUUUACCCCAGACUGGUUCAAUCCAGACUGGUAUGCAGUAUGACAUCCAAGGUCAAGCAGGUUUCCAGUCAAGUCAGGGCAUGUCAUACCCGUCUAGUUCCCAGCAGCUUCAGACUGGUACUCCAAGUUUGCCAGACAUGAUGACUGGUUCCAUAAUGACUGGUGCUCAGCAGUUACAUCAACAACAACAGCAACAACUUUUACAGCGUCAGCAACAAAUGAAGCAGCAGCAACUGAUGAAACAAAUGCAGCGUCAGCAGCAGAUGUUCCAGAGGCAGCAACAACAAUUUCAGCAGCAAUUACAGCAACAACUUCAGCAGCCUCUUAUUCCAGAAGCACAGUUAUUCAGCACAGGCAGCCCAAUGUUUAUGGAUGAUAUGAGUUUUGGGCUGGCAGGACAGGUGGAUCUUGAUGCACAGUCAAAAAUACGUCGCCUUGAAGUUGAACUUCAGUAUGCCAAAGAUAUUCUCGCCAGCACUAAACUGAGAUAUGAGGAGGAGAUAGCAGCAAUAGAAAACUCCUUCAAAAAUAGAAUAAAUCUUCAAGAAGAAACUCACAACAAAAGAGAACUAAGAUGGAGACAAGAGAAUGAGCAGUUACUCAAUCAGCAGUUAUCUAAGGUCAAAUACAUGGAGGAAGAGAAAUCAGAUAUCUUGUCUAACAUGUACAAGAAACUUGAGGAGAGCGAGAAAGACAAAUCUCUGGAAAUAGAAAGAUUGAAAGAAAUUCACAGGCAAGCAUUAGAGAACAUCAAGAAGGACCACGAGGAGACAUUGUUACGGUUACGGCGUUCCAAGGAUCAGCAGAUAGAUGCUGCUGCAGCGAGUCAUGAUACAUCAAAAUCACUGGUAGCAGCUGUUGAGUUAAUCCAUAAUAAUGCUAAGGAUUUGGGAGAUUUGCAACGCAAGGUAGACCACUGGCAUGCUCAGGGCUUAGAUGACAGGGAGAUAACUCUGAGAGCUAAAGAUGAACAACUCAAAAUGUUACAAGAUCGUCUCAACAAGCAGCAGGAGGACAAUGAUCAGGAGCGUCAGAGAUUCAGGAGCUUGUUGCACUCUAGACACAGAUCAGGACAACACGAAAGAUGGAAGGUAAAACAGGAACAGUCAAGAUUACAAGGUUUACAGACAGCAUUAGAAGAUGAGAGAAGAGCUUGGAGUGAUCAUCAAGCAAGGGAGAGAACUAACAUGGAGAAAAGUAGGGAAGCAUUACUUGAGGAGCAGAGAUCAACACUGGCACAGUUACACAAGGAACGUCAGGCCCUAGCAGAGGAACAGAUACAGUUCACUAUGAAACAAAAAAUGGCCAAGGAAGAAGGAGGCCAGUACCAGAUCAAAACAGCACAAGCUAAAGCUGAGUUUGAGGCCCUUACCAGGGCUAUAGCAGAGGCUAGAGACAGGUAUGAUUCCAUGAAGGAAACUAACAGAAAAGAGGAGGAACGUUUACAAGAGGAGAGAAGAAGAAUGGAAAAAGAGAGAAACAAAAUGGAAAACAAGGAAGCAGAGCUCAUGGAAGCUGCUAACAUGAUACAAGAAAAAUCUCGAGAAAUUGAAGAUACAUAUACUGAAGGACAGAGGAAGUAUGAGGAGGGUAUGUCAGCACUGACAGAAGUACAGAGAAUAGAGAGUGAGGAGGCAAAGAGAAUUGAUACAAUCAACCAUCAACUUAAUCUACUCAAAAUGAAGGAAAAGGAAAUGGCUGAUGAACGACUUAGAUUAUCAAAGGAAAAGCGAGAGCAUGAAAAGUUCAGAAACACUCUGCUGUGUCCAAAUUGUAGACAUCCAACACGACAUAUGCACUCUGGUAACAUUAAUACUCAAGAAGGCUCUCCUCAGGGUUUACUGGUACCAGUCAAUGGUCAUCCAACCAAUGGUUACCCAGCAAAUGGUAUUCCGUCCAAUGGUUAUCCAGUACCUAAUGGCAGCAUUCCACCAGCCUUGAACCCGGCUCUACAGCUUACAGUAAACACUGUGGAUGCUGUUACAGAGGCCAUUAAGUCAGACAGGUCUAUCAGGUUUUGGAGAAUGGAAGCUUUGAAGGAUCAGAAGUACCUGGAGGAACAGAGCUUGUAUUUACAGACUCUGAAAUAUAUGCCUCAUUCCUCACCUAAAAGCUGAGGGUACUAUGGAGUUGUUGUCAUCAGUACCAAGGAAAAGUUGAUAGCCUGAAGGGAGAUGUGAUUGUGAUCUUUAUGUUAUUGUCCAGAAAUAUAAGUAGCAGUUAAACACUGGAAACAGAGUAAUAAACUGACUCUGAUACAAGGAAACAGGCUUUCAUCUUUUUGUUUUCGCGAAAGCUUGUGAUAUAAUAGACAUGAAUUAUCAACAUGGCCACUAGUGUGAUACCAUUAUCUCCAUAGUUACUAAAUGUAUUGGUAAAGAAGACAUUAAGAAAUCAAAGCCUUGAAAUGUCUGAUGGUUGUGUUUUUUGGUAGAUUUAUUUUCUGUUUAAAUGCCAGUCUAUGAAUAUACAUGAAUGAGAAACAAAUACAAAUUUAAUGUGCCUCAUAUCUAAGAUAAACUCUGCCUGACCCAGCUUGUGAUGUAACCAUGGGCUGGAAUACCUUAUCAUUGAUAGAUCUUAUAUAAUCUAAAUGGUCAGUGUGAGUGAAUACAGGUUGAAUAAGAACUGCUUGUUCAUUGAAAAUUCAUCCGCAUUGUUCAUGAAUGGGACUAUUUUGUGUAGCACAUGAACAUCCUUUGGAUGUGAUUCGGAAUAAAAUAAAGAUGCUAUGAUUGUCAGAAAUACACUUUAACUUUGGUAGUGGGAUAAACCCGCAACCAAAAAAUGGUAAAUUAGAUAAGGUGCUUCAGCAAGUGCCUGAUAGAGUAUUUUGUAGCAAUAAUUUAUUAUGUAUUGGGCAUCAAUUUACAAUAAUUUGAUAACUGUUACAUUGCAAGUUUGCUGAGUUGUUUAUAAAAUACUGCAUUUCAUAGCAUCAUUGAGUCAAAGCUAUGUGUCAAAGUACCUUAUUUGUUUGUAGGGCUACCACGGUCACUAGGUAUUAGUGGAAAUUAGUUAAAUGUGAAACUUUUUGAUAUGUUAGCAGAUUCAGGUUUUAUCCAGCAUUUUUAGCAAUGACAAUGAAAUCAUUAAAUUUUGCUCUUGUAAGUUAUUCAGUGUUUUGACAUCUCUAAAUACAUGUAGAUUUUGAUAAUAGUUACGUAUGCCUAGGUGAAGUUAUUUGCUUUAUUCUGUAUACCAGUAGCAUUAUUAGUACUGAAUGAUAUAUUUACCUUAGUCAUACAGAUACGAUCAGUGCCAUUGAAACUGUAUUUAUAAAAUGAGUAGCUAUAUUUACAGUAAAAAAUUUUGACAGCAUGAUACAAGUGUUAACAAUAAACAAUGUAACAGCAUUGUGCAAGAGUGUUUACAGUAAAUAAUGUAACAUCAUUGUGCUAGUAUUUACAGUAAACAGUGUAACAGCAUUGCACAAGUGUUUACAGUAAACAGUGUAACAGCAUUGCACAAGUGUUUACAGUAAACAGUGUAACACCAUUAUGCCCACGUAAACAGUGUAACAGCAUUGUGCAAGUAUUCACAGUAAACAGUGUAACACCAUUAUGCACAUGUUAACAGUAAACUGUGUAACAGCAUGAUGCAAGUAUUCACAGUAAACAGUGUAACACCAUUAUGCACACGUUAACAGUAAACAGUGUAACAGCAUGGUGCAAGUUACAGUAAACAGUGUAACAGCAUUGUGCAAGUAUUUACAGUAAACAGUGUAACACCAUUAUGCACACGUUAACAGUAAACUGUGUAACAGCAUGGUGCAAGUAUUCACAGUAAACAGUGUAACAGCAUUAUGCACACGUUAACAGUAAACAGUGUAACAGCAUUGUGCACACGUUAACAGUAAACAGUGUAACAGCAUUGUGCAGGUAUUCACAGUAAACAAUGUAACAGCUUCAUACAUAUGAUUUUCAUCUUUUUGCCUUUCUUUUUUAUGUUGAUACUCUUCAUGUUAAAAAGCAGUGCAGCAUGCAUGGGUUUUGCUGUUUUACUUUUCACUUCUGUAUUAUCAGGAAAUGUUUUGAAAAUGUAAAAGUAUGAUAAAAUAACAAAAUUGAUCACAGUUUUAAACUUGAGUUAGAAGUUGUUAUUGGCUUGAAUUUUAUCUUACUUUUUCUUAACAGUGUCAACCUUGAAAUUGUAUUCCAAAUAAGACAUUUUCAACUCUGUGGUUUUUGCAAAAAAAAUUAAAAUCAGUGUUGUCCUGCAAACUUUACCUGAAGAUGUGGUGUUUAAGUGGAUGUUGGAUGUUUAUGAAUGCUCAAUGUAUGUUAGAUGUCACAUUAUAUAUCUCUUUUUAUUGUCUGUGAUACGUUUUAGCAAUAAAGAGGAUAAGUAUAUGUAAUCAUUUUGAUAUUACAAAAUUCUCAAAGAGAAAAGAAAAACAAAAUUUGGAAAAUUGGAUUGUUUAACCUUUAGCCUGAUGGUGGCAAGUGAUUCUGCCUUUACGACCAGUGCAGACCAAGAUCAGCAUGCACAUCCAUGUAGUCUGAUCAUGGUCUGCACUGUUCACUAUUCAGUCAGUAAAUUUUCAGUGAACACCCCUGCGAAUAAUAAUUUGUAUUGCCCAAAUUGAAUGAUGGACCAGUCCAUUUUAGAAAUUUAGCAGGCUAAGGGAUAAUGAUUCGGUAUGUGAAUGGAAAACAUGAGGCAGGAAUAAAUUGUGUCAAUAUAUGAAAUUGAGUUUGUAAUUGCAAAGCUGUGAUAUGUUCUAUAUAUUUUUAUUUGUAUUUUACAGUAGUGUGCUAUCAUUAUAGUGAUACAGCUGAUAAAAACUGUGUAGUGUCAUUAUCUAUCAGAACGUCAGUCAGGUUAUUGUAUUUACAGGUCUUUUUUUUUUACAUAUCAUGUGUACUUUUUAUAAGAAUUUUGAAGAAAAAAUAAAUUUGAAAGAGUA